AUUCGGAAUCGAUAAAUUCGAGUCAAUGCAAUCCAGGGAACGUGGCGCCGUAAUUUUUGGGUUGUAACAGCGUGAGCUAGCCGAGUAAAAUAACGCGCCAGAUGUUGAUUCAAACUUAUUUCGAUAUCGCUUACCCAAAUUACGUUCAGAUUACUCGAAUCUAAACCAACCUUUAUUGAUUAAGCUAAAAUGAAAAAAAAAGACUCAAAAACAUCGAAACCAAAUACCAAAGAUGCAUUCAAUCGAAAUCAUAAUUUUCUGAGCACACUGAACAUACCAAUGAAGAUCAGGAGAAAAUCUUUAAUCCAAAAUCCAUGUUAUUGAUUUACAUUGAUCUUGAAUUUCAGCCGUGGCCGCGUCAUUGUAUAGUCGAACAACCAACUAUAGAAUAAAAUAGAAAAACUAGAUACUCGAACAUUAUAAUACAGACCAACAAUACACUUGCGAAAGUAUUUAUAAUAUGUUUAUUUGUGUUUGUUUUACAUCGAAACGGGGUAAUGUAUUACCAUAAUUUUGCCAGGGAUAGUUUAUUGGUCGGAAAGUGACGUAGGCUAAUUAAUUAACAGAAUUACAACGCGGCUAAAACAGCGCGGCACUCGUAAUAUUUUUGACAAUAUUUUAUAAAGGUUAAAAUUCAGUGAAAGAAACCUGUAAAUAGAAUAUGGGGGAUUACGAAACUGAAACGUAUUACGCGAGUUCUCUCCACGAAACACACCAGAUUUAUUAUUUCCAGUGGCUAUUUUCAUAACGGGUCAUGUACAUCGAUGUAAACUGGAUUGAUGGCGUCAGUCAGCCGCGGCAACCCAAUGAGCUCAGUAACAGUGGUAUUCGCGCAAUGGAACGGCCGGUCCUUCAGGAAACAAAUCUCCUAAAUAAUUUCGAUACCUCAUCAGGGUCCAACUGGUUUAUUAGUCAAUCUAAUCUAGGAGGGAGAGGACUUUUUGCAUCAAAGGCAAUCAAACAGGACUCUUUAAUUUAUAAAAACAAACCGCUCGCUGUAGGACCGAGGCCGGAUUCGGCAGGACAUAGAUUCUGUGCGGUUUGCUAUAAAGUAAGUGAUACUUGCAUAUCCUGUGAUACGUGCUCUCUAUUCCUUUGUAAUGACAAGUGCAAACAAACGCAACAGCACAAUACAAUAUGUGAAUUUAUCUCGAAAAAUUGGGCACAACGCCCUGACUCCGAAAACAAUUCCAGAGCUCUUUCCAAAAUUCUUAUCUACUUGAAAUUGAUAUUACUAAAAACCGAAGUUAAUUCAUUUCUUCACGUGUUUCAAACAAGCCCUGUUGAAAAACAUUCUGAAUUCGAAGAAAUAACUUCAAGAUUUAUCAUAUCUCAAGAACACUUGAAAUUUAUGGAUCAGGUUCGUUACAUUUUAAAACUAAAUUCCUUCAGAAUUUCUCAUAUGUUUGAGGGCAAUAAAAUACCAUUAAGAGGAUUUUACCCCAUAUCUGCAUUUCUGAACCAUAGUUGUGUUCCGAACACAAGAAGUAUUUUCAAAAGCGAUCACACUAUGGAAGUUUAUGCGUCAAAAGAUAUUGAUAUCGGAGAAGAAAUUCUGACCUGUUAUACCGGUCUACUGUGGAGCACUCCCGCCAGGCGCUGCCAUCUUUACAAGACGAAAAAAUUUUGGUGCAAAUGCAAGAGAUGCCAGGACAAAACUGAAAUGGGGACUAAUCUGUCUGCUUUAAAAUGCUUGAACAAGGAUUGUUUGGGAGUUUUGCAACCAGCCACUGCAACAAACCCGCGAACCUGUUGGUAUUGCGACAACUGUGGCCUAAAAGUACCAGCGCAGCAAAUAAGCACAAUACAUUCUGUGCUAGGAAGUUUGGUAGGAACCUUAAAUUUGGAUAAUGAACUUCGUUUAGAAACAAAAAUUUUAGAAAGAUUAGCAAAUUUUGUUCCGUUCAGUAAUCAUAUAUUUGUUGAUUUGAGACUAAGAUUAGUUUUGAAACUUGGAUUUUCUGACGGAUUGAAAUUUAACGAGCUAACGGAAUCGCGGCUAUCCCUGAAAUUGGUCCUGUGCCGAGAUAUAUUGGCCACGCUGGCGGCCCUGGGUUUAGAAGACUCGCACCUGUGCGGCCUGCUAUUCUACCACCUGCACGCCACGCUAGCAGAACGCGCCAGGCGCCACCCAGACUUAUAUGACGGUCUGAAAUCAGAAAUAGAGAGUACCAUAGAAAGAGCGUACCGAAUCCUCCGAGGCGAUAUAUCCGCUCCAGUUGACCUUGAGUUGAGAUAUCGCUAUCUUGGUCCCGAUUGUGAAAAACCACAGCAAGAGAGAUUCUCCAUCCUCAGUAUAUAAUCCAAAUGCAAGAGUAACGAGUAGCCAAAAUGUUGACGGCACAAGAUUUUUAAAUCAAUAGUAUAUGUAUGAUAUAAAUAUAAAUAUGAUAUAAAUAGUUGACACAGUAGGUAACUUAUUUGAAAAACAAAUUUAAUUUAUGUUCACGUGUAGUUUCAUAGUAUACUUACAUUAUUUCUAGAUAUUAGAUCGGAUAUGCAUGAUUUAUUCUAUUCAAACUGACCAUUUCACACUGUAAUUCGUUCUAACCGCUCAUAUGGCCGUUAUGGCUUUUGACCCCCCUCACCCUCAAGCGCCCCAAUGUUUUUUGUUAAAGCUUUAAUUUAUAAUACCUAGAAUAUUAUAACGGAAAAAAAGAACAAUGUUGUAUUAAUAUUUUAAAAAAACGGUAAUAAAUAACUAUACGAAAACUAA